AUGCGUUGGACAAAAUCUACGAACGAAAACGCAUUGCGGGCGUACUCUAGGGCGAAAGGGGAAGAAACUGUGGGAAUAGCGUAUAGGGCUCGGAUGCAUUGCUUUUUUGAUGAGCUGGAGCCUUCUAUCCCCGUCACGGAACAAAACCUGGCAGACCGAUUUCGGUACAUCAUGCGCUCGAAAAUAUUUGAUGAUGCCGAACUCGAACGACUACGACGUGAGGCUAUUCCAUCGUCGAAUGAAUCGGCUAUGGCUGGAAAUGCAGCUCCACAUCCGACAUUCGCUAUGUGGACCAACAUCCACACGUGGAAGCCGCCACGGAUCUUCCAGUUGUGGUUGAUUCGAACGACGAUGAAAUAG